AUGCGCAUUCAGAGGGCCAUAAAAGGCCUCCAUGAACCCUUUCAGGCCGAUGUGUUUGUCGUUGUCAAUCUCCCCCGGCAACUCACUGAGCUCCUCCGUCACCUUGUCGGCGAACUGCCGGAGCGCGAACUUGAGGGCCUCGACGUACUGCCUGCGCGCGUGGGUGGUGAGCUGCGCGCCGGUCACCUCAUCUCUUAUUUUCUUGAUCGCGUCUGGAAGGGCGCCUUCGAGGUUGUCGAUGUCGGUUUGCGCAAGGCUUGCUUGGUCGACGUGCGAAUCGUAACGGCCAAACCAUUUCUUUGUCUCAAGCGUGACUGUUUGGCCUUUAUCGGUAGUAAACUGGUCCUUAAGGAGAUCUUGAGUAUUUCCUUCUUUGGUUUUAAGCUUACCCUGUUUGAGCUUAGUCCGGGCUGCUUCGAACGUCGACAUGAGGUUUGUGCCAAGCUCAUAACUAAUUGCGGUACCUACCGAGUGCUUCUUUUGAAAGCUAUCGUCAACCCUCGUCGAAAUGUCACUACCAAUUGGGUUCUGAACCUUAACUGUAGAGUCGAUAUCAGAUCCGGAGGCGACACCAAGAGCAGCUUGAAGAUUAUCAAAAAGCGACCUAGUAUAUCCGCGGACUUUAUCCAAUUCGUCUGCGAUACCGAUGUCGACGGUCUGGCCGGCAUGCAGGAGCAACUCUUCGAUUUCUUCGGCGAGAUUUUUGGCGACGGAAGAUACGUAUUUAAGGACGAUUUCGGCGACAGAUUUUAG